AUGGUUCCGUCGAAGUAUUUGCUCCCACUCAUCGUCAUCAUACUGUUUGCAUUGUUUUUCUUCACGCUCUACAACUACCAAGCUGACAAAUCGUCUACACCUUUGAGUUUAUUCAACUUGGGGAAACAACAACAACAAGUGGACGAUCCAUUGAAAAAAGAUGAUGAUCUCAAUCUGGAAGAAUUGGACCUAAACACUUUAAAGUUUUUACUCCACGGGAUUCUGACCGAAAAAAGAAAUCUCUGCAAGAACUACACCAUACACGGUAGGACGAGUAAGGAUGGAGGCUACGAUGUUUGCUUGGCUGGAAAGUUGAGACCUGAGCCUAACUCAUGCACUGUCAUGUCGUUCGGGUGGAGUAUACAAUUUCACAACGUUGGCAUUGGCAAGAGGAAUGAAAUAAACGCUCUUGGCUGGAGGAUGAAGAAUUUGAAAACUGUCAUUCAAGAAGCUGGCCUGUCUAAUAAAGUUAUCGACGUGAUAAAAUGCGAUGCAGAGGGCGCAGAAUGGCCAUUCUUGGAAGACGUUCUCGAAAAUGAUGUCAACGUUAAGCAGAUCAUUCUAGAAAUUCACUCCCCUAAGAAACUCCCAAGCCCAGUGACGAAAGAUGAUCUGUUAUACGUUAUAAAACUGUUUCUAGCCUUGAAAAAACGAGGCUUCGUAAUAGGACAUUCAUAUCAUAAGUAUAUCUGCUGUGCAGCCUUUUCGGGCAUGUUCCCGCCAGAAAUUCCUGAAAAAUUAACUGCUCAGCGUGAUAUCGAUCGGUGGAAAAGAGAGCAAGGACAGAAGGCCAUUAAAAAUUAA